CUUGACCUGGCCAGACUGCCUAUAGGUCAAGAAUUUCAAUCCCUAUUUUCAAUUCCUAUGACUGAUUUCUUUGUUUUUUUCUCUACCUACAUUACAUGGUUAGACUUAUAUGUUUAGACAGCAAAUUUCUCAAAAGCUGUUAAAAUUAUUUAAUUAUAUUCAAGAUUUUACAAAAAAUUUUGCCUAGUUUUUUCUAAUUUUGUAAUUUUGGUGACUUUUUUUAUUUGCUUCCUGGUUAGACACUUGGAGUUGAUGUGACAAAGGUAGAGAUAUGUUACCUAAUGUUAACAAGGGCCAAAACAUGUUACUCAAUAGUUAUGAUUAGACUAAUACAAACAAAUGACAACACUGUUAUUUUGUUUAAUCAAUGCUUAAACUGUUAGAAAAUACCCUCCUUGUGCAUAAACUAUCUCUGCAUUUUGGCUGGACUUGAUAACAUAGGUAGAGGGAUUUUGUUUUAGAACUCACUGCUACUUGAUGUAUUUUCCAACUGUUUGUUCUCUACUUUUCUUCACAAACUGUUACUUAACUGAUGGGAAAACAUGAUAAAUAUUUACCAUUGGUACUAUCCCAUCAAACCAAGUCACAAUUAGAAAAAUAUAUGAAUCUGUCAAAUGCACUUUAAGGUAGUUUUUGAAUUUUACAAUUUCACAAAAUCAAAAAACAAGCGACAGUAGCUCAAUCAGUUUGUGUUUGUCCACUGAUCUGAAGGUUGGCUCUCAACACAAACAGAUCCACUGGUCCAUGGCGUUGGUAGUAUGACCACAGAUGAAUGCUGUUGCUGUGUCUUUGGGCAAGACACUUAACCCACCUUGGCCCCAUUGUGUGUGUACACUGGUGUAUACCUGUGUGAAUGGGCUCUGGUGACCUCUGCAAGAUGGCUGAUCAUAGAGGGGGUGCGAUCGAGGAAAACCAGGUUCAACCAGUCAAAUCUCAGGCCAACAGCGGUGCGGACAGAUACUUAAAUGGUCAGUGUGUGUUGUCGAUUUCGAGUGGCUCCAUUUUAAGCCCUGGUUUUGACCUGGAGAUGUGCCGCAGUCGUCUGGAGAUGAACGGUUUUCAGAUCCCAGAGUCAGAUUUGGAGGUUCCUCUGAAAACUGCCCUUGAUGUCCCUUCAGUAAAAAGAUACAUCACCUUUAACUCCUCCCUCUUUCAUUUCCUCAUGGCUCCAGUGCUGUACGUGGUCCUGUGGUGCGCGGUCUUCUCCAGUCUGCACACUUACAUCACCAUCACAGAUUACUGGGUCCUCUGUCUCUGCGUGAGUCUCGUCGCCAUCUUCCUCACCACCGCCAUCAUCUUCAUACUCCACCGUAGCAACAAGAAGAUCAACAUAAAUUUGGAUGUGAGGUUGAUCGCGGUGAAUGAGAGGCUAGUCAAACACAAGCUGUUGGUAUCUGUGGCCGAUUGGGUCGAGAACUGCACCAGUAAUCUGCAGCUGUAUUUUGUUUACUGGGACAUGUCGCGCUGUUUGAGAGCUUUGACUGAGACCUUAGAGGAGCAAAAUUAUGAAUCCCAAAAUAUUCAGAAUAAGCUGAAGAAGAGGAUGUCUCACCUGGUUCUGGUCAGUGAAGUCUCACAGAUCAAAACAGAGACAGAAGAGGGCGAUGUGGAGCAGGGCACAGACGAACACAGGCCCCUGCUGCAGGAGGAGCCAGAGCGAAAUACCUCCUCAGACCAGAAGGGCGCGCACCAACUCACCACCAGCCUCAGCCUCGUCCCAGACACAGUGCUGUCUGCUCAGGUAAAAGCUCAGCAGCUGUUGAUGACCUACAGUGCAUUGUACAUAAAGCUGCUGGUGUCUGAGCACCUGUCAGGACCGUCCCAUUACAGGAUGCGCCUCAAGAGGAACCACUGUACUACAGCCUCUCUGUGUCUGUGCCAGUUCAUCCGCAGCGAGAUCCUCCGGUAGCACCAAACUUCAUCUGCAAAUAUGGACUUUUUAUACUUAAGUUAUUGUAUUUUAUAGUUUUUUUGUUAUGUGUUUGUGACAUUACAUUCACAAAUGGACAUUGAUGUUACACGCUGGUUGUAGUUAGGUUAAAAACCUUCACACUCUUUGCAGAGGAACUUAGACCUGUCAUGCUAUUUCUCUGUCCCACAAUCUAUUAUGUCUUGUGAUGGAAAAAUAUAGUACUUAGACAUGCACAUUUGAUCUUUAUUUUAACACAAUCUGAACAGAAAGAACCGACUUAGCUGGAAUACAACAGGUGAGCUGAUUUGGGCUGUUAAACAAGUCUCUCACACAUAAAAUUACAGUCAAAAGUUAGGGUUAGCCAACAGUUAGCCACACUUUUUGUUGAAAACCCAACACCUAAAUAGAACCAUGAACACUCAUAUUGAUCACCAGCUCGCGAAAAUCGGUUGUUUAAAUACUUAUUGUAUUUUUUUUUUCUUGAGUUUUCAGACCACCUAAAAAGACCUCCAACAUGAUGUCACUGCAUAGUAUCAAUUUAAGUAGAUCUCUUUGAUAACAUUAGACAAUUGACAUAUCAGAUCUGUACUUUACAAUUACAGAUAUUUUAAUGUGACAAAUAUUUUACCAUAUCAAAGUGAAAGACUACAUUUUCCUUUCGUACAAAUUAUGAUCUUCAAAAUUUUGUGAAUCCAUGUUCCAUGUAUUUGAACUUUUGUAUUUGUGUCUGAGUCUCUGUUCAAAUGAUGUCUGUGUCCCUGACAAUCACUGCACAGUGCACAUUUUAUUAAAAUUAUUUGUAAAAGAAACAUUAAA